AUUUUUGUAGAUCCAUUUUUAUAAAAAUGCUUCGUCGCAAAAGGUCACUUAAAAUAUUAGCAAUGGUCCCUCCAGAGGAUAGCGGUGAAAGUUCGGACGAAGAAAAUAUUAUUCAAAGAGUAGAAUCACCACUACCUUCAGAGGCUAUUGAGGAGGAUUUAGAUGAACUUCUAAGAGAAUUGGAGCAAAAUCCACUUCAUGAAUUUUUAGAAGAUAUAGACAAUGCAGCUGAUGGGUUACAGAAUAAUGUUUUUGAACAACUAGAAGUACCAACAGAAAUACCAGAAAACUUUGUGUAUCUUAGUCAUUCACUUCCUGAAUCUAGUUUAUGUACUCCUAGUACAUCUGGGUUCAAAUGUAACACCAAUAAGAAAAUCUAAGCGUUUGGUUAGUUCAAAACA